CAUGCAUAGAACCUCACUAAUAAACAGACAUACACGCAUAGAAAUGACAUAGGGAAAGAGUCUGGUGCUUGAGAAUUUUUGCAAAAUAUUCGGAGAGAUACUGGGGAGCCCUAGACAAAACAAGUUAAGCAGCUGACAACUUAAUCAUUGUGUUGACUGGAGAGGUACGGUCGUGUGGUCCUUCCCCUCAGGCUUGCACAUUCACACAAAGAGAAUCACUACGCAAUCGUCGAAUACGAUAAGUAACAUAACGAAGAACGCAGCGUGAACGUCAAAUGCAAUAAUCUCAUACAACAAAGUAACAGGGACGACAAAGCAAGCAAAGGCACGAGCUGUGUGCCUGAUUUGAAGCUGACCCAUUAAAGCUCUGUAUAAAAAAAGCUGUCAGCAGUGUUGUUCGUUGACAUCUUCGAGUGGUUGUUUCUUCCCUAUUUGUGUGUCUGCGUGUCACGUUCUCUAUAUAGAGAAAUCCAGUGGGUGAGCGUGUGUGUGUGUGUGUGCGAGUGCGUGUGUCUGCAUGUAUGUGUGUAUGCGCGUCUAUUGUUUGUCUUCGGCUCAUUCAGUACAUGCGGCACUUAUGGUGACCGCAGCUGCUCUACCUAUCGAUCCACUUCGUUUGGUUGAUGGACGGUGGCGCGCAGAGGUGGACUCCGGACAUUCGAAAAAACAGCAACAAAUACCCAGUGCAGUUCUAGUGUAAAGGCCGCACACCUGACAAUCACAGUAGGUCUAAGCAGCUAUUGUCCUCGCCAACGGGCUGGAACGGCCUAAAGCAAAACGUUGAUGCCAGCAAAAACACUAUUCCAUCCUGUCUAGUAAUACCUACCGAUUAAACAGGCAUUCGAGGUACGCGUAGAAACGAUUUGAAUCAAGUUUACCAGGUGCUGCAUAAUCGAUGCAUUAAUAUUCAGUUGCUGGUCCUGUUGACAGCACUCUCCCAUCAGAGUCAUUGUCACUCCAUUACCUUCGUUCUGGAGAUACUUUUAGUUGUCAAACAAUAUGGCUACUGCAAUCGAGUUAGAAGGUAGUUCAGUGGCGUACCGGUAUCAAACCUGGAAUGCUCGUGUUGCCUAUUUGCUGCGUGAGUGCAUGUGAAGGACUCAUGUGUUAUCAUUUCCGUGGACGGUGCGCGGUGGUAGACAGGAACGGCCAAGCGUCAUCGAUUAUCUAUCUUUACAGAGAAAAGAACCGCCUCGGCAGACGUUCGUGAAAAAUUCGAGAAAAUAGAAUAUCAUACACUAUAUGACGUGUAUGUAAUCCUGUAUUUAGCUCGCGUGACACAAAGGUCAGCCAGCGUCGAAACUUUCCGGCGAUCAGUGAGCAAAGCGAAGCAGUGCGUUAGCCGAUCAAAUAGCUGAGCUCACUGGUUUUUCGACGAAACGAAGACCGCGACACCAAUAGUCGAUUGCACAUCUCACUCAAUCAGCCAUCUGAGCGACGCAUACAAAGGUUAAAAUCAGAUUGACAUCGAUGGUAAUAAGACGUAAACAGAACUACGAAUAACACAUCGGAACGUCAAGGACGGGCAAUACCUAACCGUAUCUGUGUUCAAGUGACUUUGUGGCAACAGAACCCGUUCAGCGCGCCCAAAAGUCGGUCUCGUCAGCGCGUUCGAUUGCAUUCAGGAGAAGACAUUGUUUGUAUGAUACCUCAUUCCCACUCCACGCUAUUCGAUCUGGACAUCAAGAAGAACACUAUGACGAACAAAAACUUAAGUGUUUUCUUUCCUUAUUGUUCGAUCCCCGAAACGAAUAGUCGGUAUUUGUAUUGAUCUUGUGACCAAACCGAGAGAACAGAACCGUCUAAAUACGUGCCUUGGCGUUUUACAAGGCGGUAGUUACUGCGCGGUCGUUCGGUUCCGUCUUAAGGAGUAAAGGAGUGCGUGAUUGGAUCACUUUGCUUACGAGCAUAUCUCUUGUCUGCGCCAGUAAACCACUACUGCAGCCGUGGUGUUUGCGUAACUCGGCUCCACAGACGGCCUGCUUGUCAGUCCAGCUGGUCAGCCAGUAAUCGUAACGUGGUUAGUUUUCUUGUGGGUAUUUAUUUACUAUAACCAUGCUGCACUAAAGUGAGUGCAAUGAGUGAUAUCGGCAGGUUAUCGAUUGAUUCAAUUGAGAAGGAAUGGCGGGCACACGCUUAAAGCUGGGCUAAUGGUGGUGGCAGGGGGAAUGUUGGUUUCUUCAACACGUACAUGAACAGACUGGCGACAUAACCGCCAGUGACCUGUGGUCUUGUAUUACUAUCCGAAUCCGUAUCUGCCUAUGUACAUGUGUGUGAACGGAUCAGCUGAAAGACUAAACCAAGCGUAGAAUAUAUCAUAUUGGCCAAUCAACUUACACGUUGCCAGUCCAACAUUUGACUGACAUAAAGGCGUCGUCACACCACCGGAUACGUCCAUAUAUACACACACCCAUUAGCAAGUAGACGUAUCAGAAGGAUCGUGUGCCAGCCUGCUAUAGAUACAGCACUGUGGACUAUCUGUGGCUACCCGAUAUAACCGCCGCGAUCACUGCCGUUGCCGGCUCGUCAUCCGUGAAGUUCUCACAUACAUCGUUUUCGACGCUGAGUUGAUGGACGAAGCUAAGUAGUGUCGCUGGACCGUAUUUGUAAGCAGACGUCGCCAAUAAUCAUCGGGUCCUAUCUGGGCGGACUAGUGGUGUGUUGUUUUGGCGCACGCUGCUACUAAGCGAAAACCGACGACGUCACCUUGCGGCGGUAGAUACACUCAAAAAGCCAAUCCUUUGAAGUCUGCGUAGUAAUACGCCAGCAUCAGACACUGUCGUUGUGACAAUGCAGGUAAGCUGAAUUGUACGCGGUUUGUACUCGUAUGAAAUUCAACGAAUUGGCCGGUAAAGAUCAGUCUUUCUACAGUAAACAAAUAGCCGAAUCAAGCAAGCCCAUACCGAGUACGGCGCUAGCUACUGAACUAUGGUCCAAUUGGAUCAAACUGAAUCCAUUGUAUCCGUGUAUUUGUAUUCGUGUAAUAGUGUGCGCUCACUUUGAUCAGAAGUGGGUGUCAACUUUUGUGCGAUAACAUUUGGUGCUGGUUUGUAUUACGUUGUGGCUAUUAAUUUUGAAUGGGAAAUAGAGACGUUUAGCGUUUCUCGUUUUGUACGUUCAAGCCUGUUAAAGUGAGUUUUCCUACAUUGGCAAAUAACGUCGAGGAUCCUUCGGGUGGCCUAUUCCGUGCCUGCCGACGCCGUUCGUGCAUAUUUUGAGUUGAACGGCCGAGCAGUUCUUAUAUUACCAUACAAAUACGAUUUCGAACAGUCGCGCGAUUGAUUGUUGCCCAGCGACGAUUUCCUAGACUCUGCUCUGCUGCCCCGGUGAAUUCAUUCGAAAGGACCACAAAUAAAGCUGAGGCAACAUUACGCAACUGACCCUACGUUCAUAAGCAACCGAAAUGAUCGCAAUAUAAUAUCGAAUAACGACGACGGCGACAGCAAUAGUAACAGCCGUUACUGUGUACCAAUGACCUCUCCUGCCAGUCUGCAUUGCUGGCAGAAACAGCACAUCGACGUUAUUUUAGAGACAUCUGACGGCCUGCCAGAAAAGCUCCACUACCGCGAGACGACAGCCGAUUAGAUUCUUAGACACAAUAGAAACGACAGUGGUUACGAGGCGGUCAGCGUUUAUAAAAACGUUAAAAACAGGUCAACUACCAAUCGGAUUAGACGUUCACGGACGCCGGACAAUUUGCGUCCGGGAUACAUUCAGGCACAAUAUCCCCGGCGGCCACUGCGGCGAGAGCUAACUGAAAAGUUACCCUGACAGACUCCUCUAUACAGGAAUAUUCACUACCGCCCGUGCGCGAUGUGGAUUCGUCGGUACAGCUGAGGCCUUCUGGCCUCUAGGCCCAAAUUGUAACAGCUCUUCAGCAGCAAAGACAUCAGUGAAGGAAACUUGACUAUCGCCUAUCAGCGAGCUUGCUGCACAUAUUGCAGCAGCACAAACAACAAUAGCCACAAGCAUUAUGCCACAAUAGCUCGGCAACAAGAAGAUAAAUGACAACAAGUAUACGAUAUCAACUUUACGUAUACAAUAACAUUCAACAAGAGCAAGAAGCAUCACUCGGUUUUUUAUUCCUAUAAUUAUAUAACUACUUUUGCUGCCACGGACCUCAGGAACCUGGCGUUUUACUCGUACCAUUAAAUGAAUACGUGUGCUAGCGAGCGAGCGAGCGAGCGAGCAAACGAACGAAUGAACAAGAAAAUUACACUACGGAAAUAGAAUAUAUCCCACACUUCAAGCAAGAGGUUGGUAAUUACUGCUAAAAUUCGGUAACGCUCACGGACACUUCACGUACAAGUGAGUGGCGAUACUGCAACACGUAUAUUGCUACAUGUCGCACUCUGGGACUGCUAAGUAUUACGCCUAUAUGGGUAGUGUCCGCUUCAAGGGAACCAAAUAAUAAGCAUCGCGUUCAGACCUAUUUUCGAUUACAUCAAUUGCUUCUAUUAACGAAUUCAUGCUUUCUGGCUAAGGACGCAAUUGCAGAAAUACGUGCAGAUCUGCAACGUCAGACCAUCAACGGCUGCCUGCUCUUGCGCCUACCCGCCAUCUGCGUCCACUUGGCGUCUCAUAUAUUGCAGGACCUGUCGAAAGACGAGUUCACGACUGCAGCAGCGACGAACAUAACAAUACCAACUUCAGCUAUUGUCAAAACAUCAUAAAUAGGCGUAAAAAUAGUAUCAGGAAAAACAGCCAUCUAAACGGCUGUAAUCACAGAACAUCAACAUUUCGAGUGCAUAACCGUCCCUUCAUAUUACCUAGUAUCUAACGCGUUACCAUUGUCCUUAUCUUGCUCAUUAUUAUCGUUCUGAAUUGCUCCAUAGCUGCGAAGUCUUCGUAGGUUCUCCAAGCUCUUGUUUAAUCUGAAUCGAGCCUUGCUUCCGAAACAUAUCGGCAGUCCCCUCUCAGUCUCCUCUAUCUAGCCCUCCGGCAUUAAUGAAGUCUACUUUUUUUUCUAUACAACAACAGUAACUAUUGUACUUCGCGUCUUCUCUUGUCUACCAAUUUCCUAUUAUAUGAUAUUAUAGUUUACUUCAAUAUCUGUCGCGAGACGCCCCCGCGUCGCAUGCCGCUAUCGUUGCGAACUUCGUGAUUAUUCGAGUUGCAGUAGGCCGACCUUUGCUGCCUAAAAGGCCAUUCUAAGCCGGGUGAAUUUGUUCACUCCGAAGCGAUAACAGGAACAACUAGUAUUCAUACGUAUCCAUAUGUUAGUAAUACAACUAUCAAUCAACUAUUACUACGACUUUUACUGUUUCCCUAAAGAAUAAAUCUGCAAAAAAUAACCAGACAAACCGAAGGGACUAAGGAAGGGCCAACUAACUAGUUAGCACGAACCGAAUUAACUGUGCUAUAACUUAUCAUCGCAACAAACUAUCCUCUGAAACCAAGAAUGCUUCAAGUGUUGUGAUUAUACAUUACUACUACCGCCGUUGAACUUGUUCCCCCUCCCCAUCAGCCCUCAAGUCUAACUUCACGUUCAACUGUCGCCACCCAGCCUCUAAGCCUACUGCGAUUUCCUUCGUGACUACCUGAAGAUCAGCGUUUGUAGACUGCGUGCUCUGCCGGUGACAACGUGCGUUUCGGCGAAUCAAUCAAUCAAUCAAUGCUGACUCGGUAUUAACGCACAGACACUGAAAUAGAGCUAAAAACUACUGCAAAAAAAGCAUUAGAAGUGGCACUUGUGUAUAAUCACCCAUCGUCAUCGAACAAAUCAUUACCGCGGUAAUCCUCGAUUACUUCGAACACAACAACAACAACAACAACAACCAAAUACGCAAGAGCUUUAAUGCAACUUCAAAACAGAAGCGCUAUUUGAUAAACACUUGAAAAACCUCAGUACCUCAUCACGACUCAACCCAAGUAACCUUGCGACUAACCGCCUAAACUGUUCAAUAAAGCAUCUCGACGUAAAGGAAUCGUAUCAGAAAGGACGCAUAUAGCCAACAUUCUGCACUGCUGAAAAAAACAUCAACAAGUAUUCAUGGAAACUGAGUACGGCGCACUCAGCCGCAUCAUCCCGAUGAUUAUCAGCACGCGAUUCGUGCUGAAGUGAAUGAAGCACACGCGAUUACUGAUUGAACGUGUGAAGUACAUUCGACGUGGUCAGCAGCUUAUCGAAUAGUGCAACAGGUUCAUUGAACAGCUGUAGCAAAUCUCGAAAAGCAGAUAAUAACAGCUAAGCCGAUAACUAAUCGACAAAAAAGAUAGCUAACGGACAACAGGACCAAUAAAGGCAAACGACCAAGGCCAAGUAUAGUAACAACAAAACCUGGGUUACCUCUUCGCUUUCCUCUCAGUUUACACACAAUGGGUAAGCAUAACAGCAAGCUGAAGCCCGAAGUGCUUGAAGACCUGAGGCAGAACACGGAGUUUACGGACGCCGAGAUACAGGAGUGGUAUAAAGGAUUCCUGAAGGACUGCCCCUCGGGCCAUUUGUCAAUCGAGGAGUUCAAAAAGAUCUAUGGCAACUUCUUCCCGUAUGGCGAUGCGAGCAAAUUUGCAGAACAUGUGUUCCGCACGUUCGAUGCCAACGGUGACGGAUCGAUCGACUUCCGGGAGUUCCUUUGUGCGCUCUCGGUCACUUCCAGGGGCAAACUCGAGCAGAAGCUUAGGUGGGCCUUCUCCAUGUACGAUUUGGACGGCAAUGGCUACAUCUCGCAUCACGAAAUGCUUGAAAUUGUCACCGCAAUUUACAAGAUGGUGGGCUCCGUGAUGAAGAUGCCUGAAGACGAGUCGACGCCCGAAAAGCGGACAGACAAAAUCUUUCGACAGAUGGACAAAAAUCAGGAUGGUAGAUUGUCUCUUGAGGAGUUCAUAGAGGGCGCUAAAAGCGACCCCUCAAUAGUGCGCCUGUUACAGUGCGACCCCGGCUCACACUGAUGCGGCGACAACGAACGAUCGCAGACGAACUCAAUAAAAAGUCACAGUCAUAAAACAAUGAAGACAGUAAUAGCAAUCAAUGGUCAUUUCGAGAAUAGUACACACCUGACUUGCUAUCUCGAAAUCACAGUUACGUAUACAAACCAAAUUAUCGAAUCAUUUAUCGAGAGCAAAAUUUUGUGAUCUAUGAAAUAAUGUUUGCCAGAACCUGACAAGGAAAUCAUCUCAUAGCAUGCGCUAAAGCAAAUAGGUACAUAGAGAGAACAGUGGCAUCGAACAGCAGACAAAAGACAUUAAAAACAAAACUCAAAUUUGGCACAGCAUGUCUCAUAGCAUCCAAUGAAAAAACACCCGACAAACUGUAUCAUCACUAUGACAUCACCAUCUUUUACAGCUGCAUAUUAUCCUAUAUAAUGUUUACGUUACAGCGCAUGCGCAAUGCCCGACAUUCACUGCGCAGCCAUAAUUACCGCCAUAAUCUUUGCUAUCUGUAUAGUUAGUAUAAUUAAAUGGCUAGUAUUCUUCUAUAAUAAUAAUAAUAUGUCUAUGUACUUUUUCAUUCUCUAAAUGUGUCCUACUCCUAAUUUAUAUUAUGAUCAACGAUAACUAGCCGACGUCGUUACUCCUUACGCGGAUAUCGCUUAUGUUACGAUUGUCCUUGUUAUUAGACUUGGCAGUCAGAAAAAACCUGAGAGAAUCAUUGCAUCUUCGAUCGAGCCUGUAGGGAACGAGCCGCUGCGUUGAUUGGUGCGCCAUAUCGAAAUAUGGCUUCAUUGUAUAGUUUCUUGUUGUAGCUUGUUUUCAUUUUGGACGCUCAUUAUAAUAUCAUUAUGGGUCUCCUACGUUCGAUCAGCGGAUCUACCUUAACGGUCAGCGACGAUUUUGUUAGCGAUUGAAGCACUAUAUAAUUCGUUUCGUUCCGUAAAGCGUCACGCCCUUGUCACUGUUCAGCUACUCUAGCAACGUCCGACCGGUGGAGUGUAUCGGACUUUUUGUGCCGCUGAGCGGUUGGCAUUUGGAGCUCAGUGACCGCUAGAUGAGCAUCAGGUAUCCUUAUGAUUCUGCUGCCCGAAACGACAAACCGGCGGGCGCGAUCAGCACAACGCAGCUUAUGGCCCGUCCGGGUCGGGCUUAAUUUUAGCCAUAGGUGGCACGCACGGCCCAAUAGUGACCACUGGGCAGAAUAGGUUCAAGCUGCCGAACUCCGCCGUGAUGAACUUGGUGAAAAGUAUCGCAUUAAAUUAGAAUUGAGUAAAGUUUUGCACGUAAAAUUUCAGCCGGUCAUUUUUACCUAUUCAUUCGGAGAAAGUGAUUUGAUCGAAAGGCUUGCCGCCAGUGCACGUGCAGUGUGACUGGCGAGCAGUUGUACUAGAUGCUCUGAUCCAGCCAACGGCAGGGAUCAGCAGUUCGUCAGAGCUACGCCUCAACAAUGGCUAUCGUCAAAAACAUAAUGCAUAAUAUUUCAUCACGGUUCGGCAGAAGUUCUUCCCGGGACGCAGCGACAAUGAUAACAUACAAAUGCGUGCAAGUAUCGCAUUUUGAUUUUUGUCUGCUUAUCGAUCUUGGGCGUCUAUGUCGGUACACAGAUACGGUACAUGUCAAGCAGGAGACGGGUAUAUCAAUUCUGUUUUAAGCUCGGUCAAUAAUAGCUUGAUUUAUCCGAAAGGUGUCUGAGAUCAUCUUAAUUUCCUCUCUAGAAUCGUUUCGUCAAAAAGUGUAGCUAUUGCAGAAGAUGUAUAUGGGAUGAUAUGUUUAUAUCUAUAUACACACGCAUAUAUAGUAUAUGUGGAAAUCGUUACGAGAUGUGUGAUAUACCAAGAAGAAGCUGUUCAGUUGAAAGUAGCAGAAACUGUCGUAAGGCUGCAGACGCCAACGCUAGCUCCAACAUGGCACGAAUCGUUGAUGCGAUGUGAAAAAAAUAGAUGAAUAACUUUUGUUUUACUUAAGUUACGUUUAUACGGUUGCUGAUAUCGAUUUUUUUUCCCAGUUCCAACAGUAAACAGCUGUUGCUUUAGCGUAUUAGCAAUUGUUCCUCUAUACUCCUGUUCGCUCUAUUUCCAUACAUAUCUCUCGCUAGCCGAGACUAAGAUGUGCAAAGAUACGAUCCAUCGCUGUCUCUAAAUCGUCGUCGAACAGCAGUUAACCAGUAAAUGAUUAAAGAAUAAUAAUCCAAAAACGAACGACCCCGACAAGUUUAAGCGCGAUAACUUUGUGCACAUACGUACGCAACAAGGGGAAACGAAACAAACGACAAAGAUUUGUACAAUACAAAAUAGUGAAACAAUAGAUACGAACGCGAUAACUCUAGCGGCGACGCCAGCGACAGCAAGAGUCAUCUGCUUGACUGUUACUUUCCGUAUGAAGUAGGUUGAUAAGGGCCCUGAAACAGACUCCGGUAAGCUAGAAACUCCAUUGAUCCGACGUUGUCUAUACUAUUACAUGAAAAUCGGGGACGACUAGACAGAACAGAACACAACAUUCGCGUGGUAGUCGCGCGCAGAAUACGACGACAGCAACAACAACAAAUACGAAGGGGAAUCGAGGAUAAGCAGGACGAUAUUCAUAAUACACAAAACACGACAUGACAGAGAUUUAGCUAACCUCAGUACUAUACAAUAGUAGUUAUAUAAAUAAUCAUACGGCACCUCGUGCGUUAAGUUCCCUGCAGCGUCGCGGACCUACGUCGUCGACCAUGACAUAAAGAUGAGGAUUAUCCAUCAGCCGUUUUUCCCAUUUGCUACGAACUACACAAGCCCAUAAAUCAACCGAACAGGUCGUAUACACAUAUAUAUAUAUAUAUGGGAUAGGCACAAGUUUUCAUAUCCCCUCGGAUCGUUAACUUCCGUGUACCGGAUGCUACUGACAGACUUAUAUUACGCUGAAGCAUCAUAACAAGAGCUAAUUUAUCAACUCUAUGGCUGAUGUUUUUGAUCUCUACCAUAGUGCAGGCUAUAGAUACGGAUAGGCACGAUCGGUCUAGCAGGAAACAACAGACAUUUUGCAGUAGGACUUGAAACAUUUACGAAGCAGAAGGCCUGCAGGACCCAGGUAAUAUCUUACUACACACACAGAUACGCAAUAGCAUAGGAACUGUUAAGAAAGAUAUGUGCGAAAUUAACAAGCGUCCAAAUCAAAACGACAAGUCACUUAUUAGUAUAAUAAGGAGAUACAUCAUUCGUGCGUAAGCUUCCAACGGAAAACGACGACACGAAAAAAAAAAAGCUAGGAAAAACGAAAUUAAAAAAGUAAUAGGCGUUUGCGCGUAGCAGCUUUAGCAGAAAGACCCAGCUUGUCGUCCUUUUCACCCGUUCAAGGUCAGUGUAGAUUAGGGUCCAUUGACAAUGCUACAAGGUAUACAGAUAAAUAGAUACACACAAUUACACUGUUUGUUUACAUGAGGAAAAACGUGACGCCCAGAACUGCACACUGGGGCGGGCAAAAUACACUUAACUUGACUAUGAUCAUUACAGAUAAUAGUAAUAUAUAGCAAUAGUAAGACUGUACCAAUGCUAGUGAUAUAGAUUGUACAAUUACAAGCUAUAAGAACGGCGAUAAGAAUAGAAAUAAUGAAGAACGACAUUAACGUGAUAAGUGAUCAUCACUAAAACGAACGUGACUACUAAGGGUUAUCGCAAUGACUCGUUUAAGCAAUUUCGAUCCUAGAUAAACGAUUUCUAUAUGAUUAGCGUAGUAAAAUGAUAAAAUAAGUAAAUAAGAUUGUGAAAAUAUAUAUAUAUAUAUAUAUAUGAAUGUCUACCCCUAACAUGAGGCAAUACGUUAGUUAAAAUUACCAUUUUACCCCGCUGCAAAUUUACGCUCUAAGCAAAUAUUGGCAAACGCCUAAUUAACUAAAAAAAUCUACAAGGUAUCUAUAAAAAAUCAUAAUAAACGCAGAUUGCACGCAAACGUAUAGACGGUCGGAUAAGCACAAGUGAUGAUAAGUACAGAAAAACUUAUCUUGAUUGAUUCUCUCGUUCUUGACGUUACUAAUACGGUACAGGACCAGAACGAAUGGAAGCAUUGUUCGAGCGGAACGUUUAUUACGGUCCGACCAUGCGGACCCCAUAAUAUUAUAGAGCUAACGAGUGGGUGUGCUUGUUUUAUCUCAUAGGGAUUUAGUGUAUAACAUAUAAUAAUAUUGACCACAUACGAUAAUCGGUGGCGCAUUUUCUGCUAACAUUGCUAGACUGAAACGUAAAACAACAAAAAUAUCACAAUCUGAAAAAAUAUAGAAAUAUAAGAAGUACAGUAAAUCGGCAUCAACGACCAUUUGAUACGCAGGCUGACUAGGUAUAUCGUCGUCAAUUUUAAACUGAUGACUAACGCACCAGAAGCAAUCAGAUCUUAAACAAAAUCAGACCUUUGAAUACAACUUCGAAUAGCGCUCAACCGUGAUUGUUUCGACAAUGAGCUGGAUCACGGAGCAUUACUUGAUUGAUAAGUAAUUGAGUUCAAUCAAAUCCUCCUCACCUGUAUUAUCAGUAUUCAUACAUAGUCAUCCUCAAAACACACAAAUACACAACAUCACACAUACCCAUACAUACAGAUAUGCAUGAAGUAAACAUAUUCUGCCACUUUUAGGUCGAAGAUUUAGACGGAGCGGACAAAGCGGUCCACCGUCUCGAGACGACCCGCGUCAUCUAAGGCCGGACGCGUCCAAUUUUGAGUUCCCGAAACACAAAAGCACAAAUUCAAUGAUACCAAGCUAACAACACAAAUGAAAUCUUUACAUACACCAGUUGCGCUCAAAUGAACUUCGUUCUAACAAUCUUGCUUUAUUGUUCAUCCGAUACCGAAAGCGUCCCCAAAAGCAUGGUCCUAAAAAAAAUAAACAUAGCUUUUCAAGAUGGCGCCACUAUGGACAUCGCGUAGUCGUCACACUUGGGAUGCAACGUCGUACCGUCGAUGCCAGACCACGCGACUCGACGGCAGAAAGGAUUUUUACCGAAAUUUAGCAGCGAAUAGCAGGGAAACAAUGUCCAAGAUUAUCCUAAGCCAUAGUCUUCGUACCAGACUGUUCCCAGAGUGAUUAAUGAUGACAUAGCAGCUGACUGGAUACUAACACCGUGACUCCUCCAUCAUUUACUUAAAAUACAGACAAGCAAUAUUUUGCUUGUUGGCCAGAGACGCUAAAGGAAACGAAAGAAAGAAAGAAUACAAGAAUAUAUGUCAACGAUACACGGAAAGGUGGCGAUAAACUGGACAGUUUUUACAGGGUGAAGUUUUUAUAGCAACAACAAUGGGUUGUCAGAACGUUCCCCCACAAACUAACGCGAAUAUUUCAAAUACAAGCGACAAGUGGCAAGUGAAAUAUUCUCCAUUUUCAUUAUGGCCUUAAUCCAACAUGCAUGGUGAACGUCUAACGAUUUAAUACGACCGUACCGAACGGACCUGUUUGGCCAAACGUCCACCACAGGAAAAAACCGAAAGCGGAAACUGAGAAAUUGUUAAGGUUAUUAGUCAUUACUAUUGCUGUCAAUGUUCACUUGAAGAUCAAUCUGGAUUUCUUUAAGCGUUGUGCCAUAGCUGCAGAGAACUGCUGUAGUAGUUGGCUGGCUGACAGGUUUACUAUACGCAUAAAAUAUAUAUAUAUAAAAAAAAAAAUUCAUAGCUUGAAAAACUGUUAGUCGUACGGCAAGCAAUAGUUGGCUGUAGUUUCGCCUUGUUCCUAUCCAGUGCUUCUAUAAAUUCCCACGGCAAUGUCCUAUACAUAUUGUCUGAGCCGGUACGUCCUGUUUAUUGUUGUUGGGAAGCGGUGACCGUUUUUCAAUAUUAGAAGACCAUGGAAGGUGUAAAAACUAUUUAUUACCGACUAACUAGAACUUUGUGUAGCGCGAGAACAAAAAACUAGUAAUAUAAUUUCAGGCUAACAGAAUCAUUAGAAAUCUGCUGAAGAUUCAAUAUACUUGUGUCUACAUAAGAGACAUCGAAGAACCUCUAUUUUACCUGACGACUGUAACCAUUAGUCUUGUUUUAGGGGCUAGACACAAAAGCUAGCAAUCAACAAUCAAAGCUAGACAACCCGGCUCCUUACUGUCAAAGCAAUCGUCUCGGCUCGCGUGGUCAGCGUAGUAAACUUAAUUGCCUUUGCCAUCUAUGGAUGACAAGUUCUACUGAAAGCUAAAGGGUAACGGCAGUAAGUCUAACAACGAUGUCUACAUUUGAAAACAUAAGUAUGACCGGUAACGACGCCUGUCUUCUCUCGACUAUACCGAAGCAGAGGCGUUACAGCCUAAUACCGAAUAGGAUUAGAAUUCAUUCAUAGUAACGGGUUAAUUAUGACACCUGCCUUUGAAAUACUUGAUAGCAAAAUCCUGUACAAUAAUCUACAGAACAAUAGCAAAUUCGAGUGAAGUGACUUCAACACGAAGCGUCAAAUAGAUUCCGUAAAGGGUAAUUAUUUAUACGGCGGAUCCGCCAUAACCGAAUGUGGUUGUUUGCGCUUAAUCACAUCGUUUCCGAUACGUAAUUUGUCGUCGUUUUUUUCCGUUAUUUCUCUAUUGACUCAGUAGAAGUGGUGGUCUGUCUCUAUAUUAGGCUCACCCAGUCGUGUAGCCAAACAUCCGUAGUCUCUCAAGUCCGCGCGUGUAGAAGCGAGACCAAAUAUAUGUCACGAUUGAAUGGCUGGGUAGCGAAACGGCCAACGUGAAGGACGGAGUCCUUCAGCCUACGCUCUGCCUCUGUCACUUGCCAAUUUUCUAUGAAUAACACAACGGCAAACGAAACACAACAAUUUCCAGUAUAUACAUACACACGCAUAUAACAAUAUUAUAUGAUUAUAUGGGAAACAUAUAAAAAGGCAAAUAAUAAUAAUAGGGGAAAGUACGGCUUACCAAAACUUCUUAUUAACAGCGGUUACGUCUCGAGUAACGGGACGUAACCGCUAUUAACAAAAAUAUCGAUUUGAAACAAUUCAGUAGUGAUCAGCUAUGAUGGCGGUAAGAAGAAGAGAGGAUGAACCCUCGAUAUAUUGCUGCAAUAGUGCCAAUGCUGGCAUUGUAUCAUUACAUCACAAAGUAAACUGAACCUUCGAAUCUGCAAGCCUACGUAAAAAAAAUGUUUUUUUUUUUUUUUUUUAAAUGAUGCGCAAUCGUCGUCUCCGUACUACCGGCACUAAUGUUACCUACCUGCCUACCUACCUACCUACCUACCUACCUACCUACCUACCUACCUACCUACCUACCAGUAAUAACAAUAUUAACCUGGUGAUAAAGAUGAAAAUAUUCGUUACGACGUGAAGAUAACGAGACUAGCGGUAAUUAGGUCGCAUUUAAGUAAAAAAGAUGUUGUCAUCAUUAUAAUGAAAAUUAUUAUUGUUAAUAAGGAACAAUAUACUGUAUUUGAGAUGGAGAGAAAAUACGUCCUGCAGAUAGAACGGUCAAUGUGGGUGAUCGAAGAGGAUGCGUCAGUUAUUGUGACUAUUGUUAUUAUUAGCUACACAGUAUGUAGUAAGGCCUACAUUGAGACGAAAAGUAUGAGCUUGGGGGAUGCUGAGACAACCAGCGUCUAUGCUAGCGAUAACAUACAGACGCGUGCCGUUAGGAACAAAAAGAGGAAGAACACGGUAACGUUAAGACUAGGGAAAGAUGAUGUCGGCGCUUCUUCGGGAGAUAGGUUUAAUUUUUUUUUUUCUCCUAGCUGUGAGCUAGUUGCUUCACGCUGGCUAGAGAGCUAUAUAAAUUAGCUCGUUAUGUCUCUUGUUAGAAAAUUCAGGAUGAAAGAUAACUAGGCGCAUAUGUUGGCCGUGCGAAGGACUGGCCAUCGCGGAAAAAGGUUUCCCGUUCUUUGGCAUCUUACAAAGCGAUUGAUACAGAGCUGAAAAUGCAUGGAAACAGGCGAUUUGUGUGUAUUUGAAUACGAUAAUCUUCGUUUCUUUGUAGAGCGAAAAAUGUCGAAAUGCAAAAACUAAAAAAAAAAAAAAAAGCACCAUGCUAUAAAAAAAAAAACAUUAAGAAUACAUUUUUACGGUGAACAUUCUUGGUCAUGCCAAACCCGGAUCUUCUUUGAUUGAUUAAGAAGAUUUCCGAGUUUUUCUUUAUCGCAAGCGCGUUGCCAACUGUAGCAACGGUGUCGCCGUUCAUGACCACUAACACUGAGAUGUUAAACACGUACCAUACACUCUAUGACAUGACUUUGGAUUGUAUUAUUUAUAUACGUCGCAUGAUCGCUCAUAGAUGCUCAGUAUCGUCACGAUUCGAUUCUCUGUAGGAAGAAUUGGCCCAUGUCGAAGACUCGGGCCCGAAGACACUUUAAUCACUUGAUAAGCAGACGAAACGGGUACACAAACAAAAGAAAUACUAGUAAAAAUAGUAGUAAGAAAUCUGAUAACUUGACAAAAAUUUUUAACAAACUUUAUUAUUCUGGACGCGUUUGUCGGCGACUAGUUUUCGCUAAUACGGCUCCAGAACGUCGCAGGUCGUUUCAAUAGGAUGGGAUAAAUUCAGAAGUAGGAUUUUCUUCCCCUAAUGGUAAUCAAUUUAAUUAGAAGAGUUGUUAGUUAAUUGCGCAAGCUUCAUGGAGGCGUUCAUUAACGAGACGGUGGCGACAAUGAUAUUCAUGCACUGAUGAUAUUGACAAGUCAUUGAUGAACUAAUACAAAAAGACGAUAACGCUAAAAGAGUUAAGAAGAUGAGAUUCGAUUGAAUAUCGGAGUUUUAGGAGAAGACACGCACCCCUGAGGCAGCUUCCUGCUGUGUCACAUUGGGGAGCUAUGCAGUACAGGUAUGUUGUUAUGUCAUAUAUAGCUAUGACGCAAGCUUCUCUUAUACUACUGAGCAAUCCAGCGAUAGAAGAAUGGCCAGAAAGGAACUAAUCCUUGUAAGGACUUCGCCCUUUCUGGUGCUUCGUCGACUUGUGUAUUCGGUAAUUCUCGAUCCACUGGUAAUGACAAUACCAUUACCAUAUAUUAUUAAUACUAAUAUUGAUAUUGUAUACGACGACGAUGAUAAUAAAAAUGCUAUUAAAUGCUUGAAUAAAGUUGACACGUAUUG